AUGAGGCGGUACUUAGUGGAAAUGACGCCAGUGGAACCGUUAGCAGAGAACCGCACGCGGAGAGUGGACCCGUUGCAGCAUUUCCAGUACUACGAGGGCGGGUGGGACCCCAGCAGCAAGGACUACUGGGCGUCCGUGGCAUGGGCAGGGAUCUACGGCCUCGUCGUGGGGGCGGCAUGGGUCGUACUCGGUAUAAGCAUCCUCGCUUUCGCGCUCUGCGCGUGCCUCUUCUGCCGCAAGCGGUGGAAGGCCCGUCUGGACGGCGACCAGCCUCAAUACACGCCCUUCCAGAUCCGCGUGCCACUUGCCGCACUGCUAUUGGCUGCAGUCGUCAUCCUCUGCCCGCGUCCCCUGCUCGCUCCCUGUGUCAUCCAGGGUGGGGACGGUGCUGUUGGUGGCGGGGGGGACGCUAUUUCACGGCUCAGCACCUAUCACAGCACCACGCAGUUCACCUAUCACAGCACCUAUCACAGCACCACGCAGUUCACCUAUCACAGCACCACGCAGUUCACCUAUCACAGCACCACGCAGGUGGGCUUCGCACUGCUAGUGGCGGGAGGCGUGUUAUUCCACAGCACCUAUCUCAGCGCCACGCAAUUCACCCUCGCCACCACACAAGCCCUCGUGGGGGCCACUCACAACCUCUCAGCCGCACUGCAAUGCUCUGCCAAUACCACGCUCUUUGAUGCUGUGAUUCCCAGUAAGGCCAUACUAUUCUCACUUGUCUGUUCCAAGUUACAUGUCUGUUCCACUCACAACCUCUCUCUCGCCCUGCAACGCUCUGCCAACACCACCCUCUUUGAUGCCGUGAUUCCCCGUAUGUUGCCACGCUCCCUUGCCCCCACUCUCCCUAACCCCACUCUCCCUUGCCCCUUGCCCCCACUCUCCCUUGCCCCUUGCCCCCACUCUCCCUUGCCCCUUGCCCCCACUCUCCCUUGCCCCUUGCCCCCACUCUCCCUUGCCCCUUGCCCCCACUCUCCCUUGCCCCUUGCCCCCACUCUCCCUUACCCCUUGCCCCCACUCUCCCUUGCCCCUUGCCCCCACUCUCCCUUAACCCCACUUUCCCUUGCCCCCACUGCACUUUCCUCCCACUCCCCAUUCCUCCAAUUCUCUUUCCUCCCACUCUCCUUUCCUUCAACUCUCUUUUCUCUCUCACAUGUCUGUUCCACUCACAACCUCUCUCUCUCUCUCUCUCUCUCUCUCUCUCUCUCUCUCUCUCUCUCUCUCUCUCUCUCUCUCUCUCUCUCUCUCUCUCUCUCUCUCUCUCUCUCGCUGCAACGCCCUGCCAACACCUGCCAACGCCGCCACACAGCAGGCGCCGCCACACAGCAGGCGGUGCUGCAGGGAGCAGCGCACGCAGAGAGCAUGGCAGAUGACAUUCAAGCACGCAUUGUGAACAGCAUUGAGCGGCUGGACGGCUACGUGAAGAUCGUGUGCGUUGGUUGGUCUAGGGAUGGGUGCAUGCGCGGUGGGAUGGGAUGGGAUGAGGUGCAAGAUCGAUGA